ACGGUACUCCCGCACUUUGGUGAAAUGGUUUCUUCCCAGAGCUAUUCUGAGCUGUCAAACGCUGCAGAGAGAGGGAGGGUCAACAUGGCGUCCGAGCAGGAGAGCUCCAAUGGACCAGUGAAGAGGUCCAUGAGGGAGAAAGCCAUUGAGCGCCGCACUGCCAACAAGGAGCACAACAGCAACUUCAAGGCAGGCUAUGUGCCCAUCGAAGAGGAGCGCCUGCACAAGACAGGCCUGAGGGGGCGUAAAGGCAACAUGGCCAUCUGCAUCAUCGUCCUGCUCUUCCUCCUGGCUCUCAUCAACCUCAUUAUUACGUUGGUGAUCUGGACGGUCAUUCGCAUAGGCCCCGACGGCUGUGACAGCAUGGAGUUCCACCAGAGUGGUCUGCUGCGUUUCAAGCAGAAGGCAGAUAUGGGUGUGAUCCACCCUCUUCAGAAGAGCACAGUGGGUGGCAGGAAGGACCAAGACCUGGUUAUCACUGGUAACAAUAACCCGGUGGUGUUUCAGCAGGGUAACACCAAGUUGAGUGUUGAAAAGGAGAAGACAUCCAUCACCAGUGACCUUGGAAUGUCCUUCACCGAUCCCCGGACUCAGACCACGUUCUUUAGCACUGACUAUGACAGCCACGAGUUCCACCUGCCGAAAGGUGUGAAGGUGCUAAGUGUCAAAAAGGCUUCGACAGAAAGGAUCACUAGUAACGCGUCAUCUGACCUGACCAUCAAAGGCGACAGCAGGGCCAUAGUGCGAGGUAACGAGGGCGUGUACAUCAUGGGGAAGACGGUGGAGUUCCGGAUAGGGGGAGACAUCGAACUGAAGGCCGAGAACAGCAUCGUGCUCAAUGGCUCUGUCAUGUUUGCCUCCAGUCUCAUGCCCAAGUCCUCGGCUAAGGGCGAACUAUACUUUGAUGAGAAGAUGAUAAGGUAUAAGCUGUGCAUGUGUGCAGAUGGCACACUGUUCCAGGUCCAGGUCAAAUACCCCAACAUGGGCUGCCAGACGUCUGAUAACCCAUGCGGAAAGGCUCACUAAGAGAGAGACACAGAGAGAGAGAAAGGGAGGGAGUAUGAGAGAGUGGAGGAAAGAGAGAGAGAGAUGGACUGCAGCUACCGUUCCACCCAGUCAGCUAACAUGGUAACAUAUUUUAGUCCAUAUCAUAAGUUCACAUCUAUUCUUACAUGCAUGUACUCCCGGAGGAGUGCAACAAAGAGGGGGAGAAACGUGGGAGAUUAGAGACGCGUGUUUAAUGAGAAAAUGAAUAAGAUCACACAUCAUUUUGUGCCAUAGAGUAUUUUGGCCAAAUAUUUCAAACUGCUUGAGCUUUGUUUUCAUGCCACUAUUUUGUAUCGAUUUUUUUAAACACUACCAUGAUGUCUCCCAGCAUGCAUGCGUUAUCCUGUUCAAAGUUUACAAGAGUAGAGAGAGGAAAGGCCUUUUAAAGUGGAAGUAAAAUAAAGGGAUUUGUGUCCGAAACCGUUUCUGAUGUACCAAUGCAGUAUUACAGACCCGUCACAUGGCUUGUGCUUCCCUCCCAACCUAUCUAUCCGCACACGCCCAGACGCAUACCUGUAGAUACUAAUGGGUGUCUGUCACACCUACGCCCCUUGUCGACUAUUUUAUUGGCUUAUGUACAUAACUGCUGGCAGCUUUGUGGUGUAUUAUCCCAGGUUUGGAUUUUUAGGAAAUGACGUUGUUGUGGUACCACAAAAAUGGUUACAGCUAAUGAGUGACGUUUGCUAACCUGUGAUGAUGGUGAUGAUGUUGAUGUGGGAGCUUGUACAACCAAAAAUAUAUGUCACUCACAGCUGUGUUGCUGUUACAUGUUCAGUUUGUACCCGAUCUUCUGAAGAGGCCUUGCUACAGCAUCUCCUUUCAUUUUUAGUUUUUGGUCUGAAAGGGUAAUACCAGUUAUCUCUCCUUAGACUAGACAUGUUUGAAAAGGGGCUGCUCACAAUGCCUCUUUCUUAUCACUAACGUCCAUAGUCGUGCCAAAUACAUGUAUGUCAGUGUAGUGAAGGAGGAUACUUUUCCUAUUUAGGGGGGCAAGAGCCUUUGUCCAGGAACUAUCCUGGAAUGAUCUAGGUAUUAUAAUAAACAACAUGGUCCAGGGGUUACUGUAAACUCUGUAAAACUGCAUCACUGCAUCUAGAGAUGCUUGUUUUGUCGUUGUUGUUGUUCUUGUUCUUUUGUUUUGUUGUGUUGUGUUUUUUACCGUGGUGCCCGAGUAAGAUAAUUUUCACUAAACAGCAACCACUCAUAUAAUUUCGCCUUACACUGCAAAGAUCAGGAACAUGCACUGCAUCAUGCUAUAUAUCACACGACUUCAGAAUCUGUUAUUUUUGAAAAACCGUCAGUACACAGAAAGGAGUGUGCUUAUUUUUAAUAUCUUUUGAUAAGAUUAAUGUAGAAACUAAAGAGUGGUGUGAUACUAUGUGCAAUACAGCAUUUAUCCCAGUUUUGAUGGCAUUGUUUCAUGUGUGGUAUUUAUUUGAGUUGUCUUUGAUUUUACUUGAAUAAAACAGAAUUAAACCACAA